UUCUGUUACAUCUCCAAGUUGGUGGUUGUAAUGGGUUUGUGUGAAUACUUAUAAAAAUAAGUUUAAGUGUAAAAAUUUAUAAUGUAGACAUACGGGGGUGAUAAAGUUUACCGUGCUAAAUCAGACAGGAUGAGGCAAAAAACGAAAUGCCUCAGCCGCCGUGUAGCUCCUCCCAUCACGCUGCCCGUCACCCUGGAGGACCCGGCCGCGACCUGGAAGGGACCGCCCGCUGGUUCGGAUUCGCAACCUUUCGUUCCGACCUCGGCUAACUCGUUUUCAGGGCCGCCGGCGGGUUUCCAGGGGCAGUCGCCCUUUCAGGGCCCGCCGGCGGGUGCAGGUUCGCCCGCGGGUGCGCCUCAAUAUCAACAAGGUGGACCGCCCCCGCCUCCCGGAUCUACCACUCCCCAGUACACUGCGUCGCCUGCACCGUCAGGAUCUUCAACACCUGGGCCACCAGCACCCAAUGCCUCCGGGCCGGGAGGAGGAGGUAGUACGGGAGGGUUCGGACCCGCGAAUAGCGGUGGCGGACCGCCGUAUAAUGGACCUGGCCCAGGGCCGUUCGGGUCACCUUCCGGGCAUCAGGGGGGUGGUGGUCCCCCGGGUGGACCUUUCGGCCGACCAGGUUCAUCUGGGCCGCCGUUUGUGCCGGGUGGCGGUAACCACCCUCAUUUUCCAUCGCCCGGUCAUACGUUCGGUCCCGCCGCCGGUUUUGGUAUGCCGCCCGGAUCGCCUUUCGGCCCAGGACCGGGUCACCCGAUGACCGGACCAAUGGGACCGACGCAUGGAAUGAUGCCUGGCCAAAUGCCCGGACCCAAUCCUGUAGAUAGGCUAGAACAAGGGUCUCUACCAGUACCCAGGCGCCACACGCCGUACUUUGGUCAACCUGAUUAUCGAGUUUAUGAAUUAAACAAAAGACUUCAGCAAAGGACAGAAGAAAGUGAUAAUUUAUGGUGGGACGCAUUUGCAACGGAAUUUUUUGAGGACGACGCAUCAUUAACGUUAGCUUUUUGUUUAGAAGACGGGCCAAAACGAUACACGAUAGGAAGGACGUUAAUUCCAAGGUACUUCAGGAGUAUAUUCGAAGGGGGUGUUACGGAAUUGUACUAUAAUUUAAAGCACCCGAAAGAGUCCUUCCAUAAUACUAGUAUUACGCUUGACUGUGAUCAAUGUACAAUGGUUACGCACCACGGAAAGCCUUUAUUUACAAAGGUGUGUACAGAAGGGCGCCUUAUACUCGAGUUCACCUUCGACGACCUUAUGAGGAUAAAGUCGUGGCAUUUUGCGGUGCGAACCCAUCGGGAACUCAUCCCCCGGUCCGUGGUGGGGAUGCACUCCCAACAGGACCCUAGUGUUCUAGAUCAAUUGUCGAAAAACAUCACUCGACAGGGCAUUACGAACUCUACGUUAAAUUAUCUGAGGUUAUGUGUUAUACUAGAGCCAAUGCAAGAGCUAAUGUCGCGGCACAAAGCGUACGCCCUAAGUCCACGAGACUGUUUAAAGACAACGUUAUUUCAGAAGUGGCAGAGGAUGGUUGCCCCGCCGGAAUCCCAGCGACCGGCCAAUAAGAGACGGAAACGAAAAGGAUCAAACUCAGGCGGGGCGGCGAACAACGCGCCUCCAGCGCCGAACAAAAAAAGAUCGCCGGGGCCAAAUUUUUCCUUAGCUUCGCAGGACGUGAUGGUAGUGGGUGAACCGUCCCUGAUGGGUGGCGAGUUCGGUGACGAGGAUGAGCGUCUCAUCACGCGCCUGGAAAAUACGCAAUACGACGCGGCUAACAGUCUUGAUCACGAAAACCACGCGGCCGCGUUUCACGGGGCCGAAUCUCCGAUGCCUGGUACGAACUCCUGGGGUGCGGCCGCUGCAGCAGCGGCGGCGGCCGCGGCCGGUGGACCUGCCAACGACCGGGGAGGUCCGACGGGCGGCGGCGGUGGUGGAAAUGGUCCGGGCGGACCUUCGUCGGGCGUUGGUAACGCGCCGCCCAACCAAGACUCUGAUAAGAAAUCGCCUGCCGUUAGCCAGUGAUGGUGGUUGUUGGUACGUUAGUUAGUUUGUGGUGGCGUUUUUUUAAUUAUCGGUGGUGAAUACGUCGAGAAUCUCUCCAACACGUUUCCCGCGAUGUGCCGUUUCCCAUAUGCGCGUUCUUCAUUAAACGGCGUAAUGACCCAAGAGGGUUGUUGGGAGAUUUUUUUAGUUUUUAAGUAGUUUAUUAAAUUCAGAAUUUAAUGGAAAAUUAAAAAAAAAACAAUAUUCCUUCAAUUUUAACUAUGUUUCUUACUCUUAUUACCACUUUUAAUAAAACUAUAAUGUAUUUCGCAACAUAUCCACAAAAGAUAGUCUAAAGUACAAAUUUAAGAAAAGGCGUUUUUAAAACAGACAAAGCGUAAAUUAGAAAAAUCUUAUCAUUAAAAAUGAAUAGGUGGCAUAUACAAAUUCUUUGAAAGUGUGUAUAUUAUUAAAAUCCACCAAAGUAAUUAUUAAUUUAAAAAAUCUCCCAAAAUUUGGUUCACGCCGAUUCUUUCACUCCUGCGUGUCGCGUAAAAUCAGUAUUCGAAAAAAAAAAAAAGCAAGACACAAAUGUGCACGAACUCUUCCGUGGCCAAAGUGCGAGACCGAUUUGUAUCCGAAUUUUCUUAAGAAAAAUUAAAAAGUAAACAAAAACGAACAACACCAGUGCAAGUGCAACAACAUUAUUCUCCCCAAAUAGAAACUUAAUGUCUCUCACUUUAAAUAACGCGCCCUCUUAAUUGAACCUUUCCAAAAAAAAAACGCAGCGGCUGGUCAGGCUGCCCUCCCGGACACAUUGCACUGCCUCUUUCCCGGUGCAAUCUUAACGCGGUUCGUUUUUGAACCAUCACCGUAGGUACCUCUUGGAGAAUGCGAGUGUUUAAUAGUAAUAAUGAUGAAUAAAGUUAAUCGAGUAAUAAUGAAAUGAGGAAAAAAAAUAGGUAGUUAUUUGCGACGACGAAGAUGUCGGAAGACACGACGACAACUACAGGUGACUAAGAAGAUGACGAUGCAGCUCAGUUGUACAGUAGUUUUAAAUAUUUACAGUAUAUGUUUGUUGUCUUCAGAUCAUCCGUAAUUAUUAUGUUAGCAGAAUAACAGCAAGUCGAGCUCGAAAUCGGCCCAAUAUAAUGUUUUGUUUAUUUUAAAUUUUAUUCUUCUCUUCUUUAUGUCUCAAAGUUCCUAUUUUUCCUUUUUUUUUUUUAAGCUCUUUUCAAGCUCGACCAUUAUGUUUCAAGUACACACUUGCGAGAAUGUUCUUUGAAUUGUAGAGGUUGCAGACAAUUUUUGAUUUACUACUAGUAAAAUUUGCUUUUGUACUAUCAUUACUGAAAACAAGGGGUUAAAAUAUUUUUCGGAAGCAAUUAAAUGUUAUGUAAUAUUUUGACUUUAAUAAAUUUAAGUGGUAGAUUGAGCAAGUUUUGAUUGAAUUUUGAACAUAUGUUCCAUAUUAUUUUGAAAUCAUAAAUAACAAAUACUUAAGAAAAAAUGUUUGCAUCAAAAUCUCUAGGAUUGUGUUGUUUAAAUAUGACGCUCCCAUGUGAUAAGAAGGUGUUGGUGCAAACUAACUUACUUUUUUGUACUUUAAGAAUUUCAAAGUAUGGGUUUACUAAUUUUAAUCAGAUUAUGUUUAGA